AUGGCGUACGGUGAACGACAACCUCUAUUGAGCGUACCUGACUCCUCUUCGGAUGACGCGCCUAGUAAUGUCCUGCCAACGACGGGACAGCGAAAACAUCUUACCUGGAUCAGCGCAUACAUCCUGGUAGUCUCACGAGUUAUUGGAAGCGGCAUCUUUGCAACACCCGGAACCAUCGUCAAAUCUGCCGGCAGUGUCGGCCUGUCACUGUUGAUAUGGGCAGUUGGGACCGUCCUGGCAGCCUGCGCACUGGCCGUGUCGAUGGAAUAUGGUUGUAUGCUGCCGCGAUCUGGAGGAGAAAAGGUAUACCUGGAGUAUACCUAUCCGCGUCCUCGGUUCCUUGCGUCGACCCUGAUCGCAGUGCAAGCAGUUGUUCUGGGGUUUACGGCCAGCAACUGUAUCGUAUUCGCCAAGUAUACUUUCUUCGCUUUUAAUGUGGUACCAACAGAGCUCCAGCAUAAAGCCCUGGCAGUUGGAUUAAUGACUGUUGUUACUAUUAUCCAUGGCUGUUUCCUUCGGACUGGGAUCUGGAUUCAGAACGCAUUCGGCUGGGUGAAGAUAUUUCUCAUCGGUGCCAUUUCCCUGACCGGUAUCUGGGUGAUCUUGCUUCGUCCUAACGGUGGCCCUGACGCUCUCAUUCCUGAACCGACCAGCGUGUUCUCGUGGGACACAUUGUGGGAAGAUUCCAAUUGGAGCUGGAACUUGCUGUCCACGUCCCUGUUCAAGGUGUUCUACUCGUAUGCGGGAUUGAACAACGUGAAUAACGUUCUGGGCGAGGUGAAGAAUCCGAUCCGGACGAUCAAAACGGUAUGUCCGGCGGCGCUGCUCACCGCUGGUGCUUUGUACUUCCUGGCCAACAUUUCGUACUUCCUCGUUGUGCCGCUGGAAGAUAUCAAGAACAGCGGAGAAUUAGUCGCUGGUCUGCUCUUCGAGCGGCUGUUUGGCAGCCACAUCGGACGGACACUAUUUCCUUUGGCCAUCGCUAUUUCCGCUGCUGGCAAUGUCAUGGUAGUUACUUACGCCUUGGCCCGCGUAAACCAAGAGAUCGCCCGACAGGGGUUCCUUCCCUGGUCUCGGGUUUUGUCGUCCUCAAAGCCAUUUGGUGCCCCCCUUGGCGGCCUCAUCGUGCACUAUAUACCUUCUCUGCUGGUCAUCGCCCUUCCACCCCAAGGAGACGUGUACAACUUCAUUCUCGACGUUGAAGGCUACCCAGGACAGGUCUUCAGUCUCGCAGUUACAGUGGGUCUCGUGCUACUGCGAUACCGCGAACCGUCUCUCCCACGGCCUUACAAGGCCUGGCUACCAGCAGUAUGGCUACGAGUCGUAGUUUGCGUCGCAUUACUCUCUGCACCAUUUUUCCCUCCAGCAGACGGGAAGAGCGAUGUUAAUUUCUUCUACGCGACAUAUGCGAUCGUGGGGAUGGGCGUUAUCAUCUUCGGAAUCCUCUACUGGUACAUAUGGACAGUGCUACUCCCACGCUGGGGCGGAUAUAAACUGGAAGAGGAAGACGAGGUGCUGGAUGACGGGACCAAGAUUACCAAGCUUGCGCUUCAGCUCAACCACUCUAAUAACCUCAUAAUGGCCUCCGCAGCAGUCCAAACUCCCACCGGAGGAGACGCUUCUACCGUCCCCUCCAAACCCACUCCCACCCCCUCCUCCGGUCCUCACCACGCCCACACCACCCUCAACUUCCUCAGAGAACUUCCCGACGGCUCCCACCUCGCCCCAACCUACGUAGGCGUCCCAAGCAGCUACGACCGACCCAGCAUAUCCAUCCCAGUGACGAUCAACGACGUGAGCGGGCACGAGCUGGACUACACGCUGGACGGCAACGGCUUCCAAUUCUACUACCACACCAGCGCAGAGAAAGACUUUCUCGACGACGAGAAGAUCAAGCGAGAAUACUACCCUGAAACCGAGCAACUCCUAAAAGAUGCAACCAACGCCUCCCGCAUCUUCAUCUUCGACCACACCAUCCGCCGUCCCCAACCAGCCAACACACCGAGCUCCCAGCUCCGCGGCCCCGUGAACCGCGUCCACAUCGACCAAUCCUACCGCGCCGCCAAAGACCGCGUAGAGUACCAUCUCCCGGAGGACGCUCCCCGACUGCUUCGUGGCCGAUACCAGAUUAUUAAUGUGUGGCGACCCAUCAAGACCGUGAAACGCGACCCGCUAGCCGUAGCGGACGCCCAUACCGUCCCGGAUAGCGAUCUCGUUCCGACGAAGUUGAUCUACCCCAACCGCGAGGGCGAGACGUGUGCGGUCAAGCCGAAUCCCGAGGUCAAGUGGUAUUAUCGGUAUAGACAGGGUCCGGAGCUGGUGACGUUGAUUAAGUGCUUUGAUUCGAAGACGGAUGGACGGGCGAGACGCGUGCCGCAUAGUGCGUUUGAGUUGCCGGGGACGGAGGGGGAGGAGGGCAGGGAGAGUAUUGAGGUUAGGGCGUUGGUGUUUCAUGAGGAUGAUCUGGCUGAGUGA